GUCACGCGUUGUUUGCCUUCUUAAAGUGCAAAUAUGGCGGACGAUGGAGAAUCGCUGGAGUCCUGGCUUAACAAAGCCACCAACCCCUCCAACAGACAGGAAGACUGGGAGUAUAUAAUGGGAUUCUGUGACCAAAUCAAUAAGGAGCUAGAAGGCCCACAAAUAUCCGUUAGACUGUUGGCUCACAAGAUCCAGUCCCCUCAGGAAUGGGAGGCGAUGCAAGCAUUAAUGGUUCUUGAAGCGUGUAUGAAGAAUUGCGGGCGACGGUUUCACAAUGAAGUUGGGAAAUUUAGGUUUUUAAAUGAAUUAAUUAAGGUGGUUUCACCUAAGUAUCUAGGAGACAAAGUGUCAGAAAAAGUGAAGACUAAAGUGAUUGAGAUGCUGUACAGUUGGACUGUGUCUCUACCAGAUGAAGCAAAGAUCUUUGAAGCGUAUGAGAUGCUGAAGUCACAGGGUAUCGUUGUAACUGACCCAGAAAUCCCUCUUGAUGCGACAUUAAUACCAUCGCCCUCUCCACGACCCAAGAAUCCUGUGUUUGAUGACGAGAAGAAGAGCAAGAGAUUGGCAGAGCUGCUGAAGAGCAAAAAGCCAGAAGAUCUGCAAGAGGCCAAUCGGCUCAUCAAGAACAUGGUCAAGGAGGAUGAGGUGAGAACACAGAAAGCGACAAAGCAAAAAAGCACACUGGAGGCAGUCAACAACAGCGUGAAACUCCUUAACGAGAUGCUGACUCACUUCAGCCCGGAAGACUCCACGGAUGGAGACAAGGAGCUCAUUAGGGAGCUGUAUGGUGAUUGCGACAAGCUCAGGCAAACAGUGUUCCAGCUUGCAACAGAGACCGAGGAUAAUGACAGCAGCUUGGGAGACAUCCUGCAGGCCAGCGAUGACCUCUCCCAUGUCAUUAAUUCCUAUAAGAAGAUUGUGGAAGGACAGAUCAUUAAUGGAGAGACUGAAGAGGCACAACAAAUACAAUCAUCGGUCAGACAAGGUCACAUGAACCAGUCAGAGAUUCUUAUUGACCUGGUGGGUUUGGACACUCAGAGCGUCUCUCUACCAGAGCAUCAACCCCCAUCUUCUCUGUCUAUUCCUGCUGACCUGCUGUGUGGGUCCGCUGUCACUGACCCUCAGUCCCCGAGUCCCAGUGCACCAUCUGCAGCACUCUCUCUGCUGGAUGAAGAGCUACUAUCUUUAGGCCUCAACGAUCCCGCUCCUGUUCCAAGUAAAUCAACACAUGUAAACCCGAGCAAUCAUUUGCCAUCUUUACAGGAUUCCAGUCAAGAUUUGGGUCUUUUUGACAUCACUUUGGCUCCUGCGUUUUCCACAUCUUCACUUCUUCCAGACGCCCUUUCUGUAUCAGGUGCCCCAGAUAAUCCAGCCAAGUCUUCUAUGACUGCCUCUGCCUUAAUCUUCCCCGGCCCCAUCUUCUCCGCACCUCCGGUUUCUACAGUAUCUGUGUCAACGACGUCAGCCAUAUUCCCGCAGCCCCUCAGCUCAGUAUUGACCACCAUGACCCCAGCUGCUCUUCCUCAGUCAUUCAGCAUGGCCUCGCCUGCUAUCUCAGCCACCCCUGUCAGUACACAACAGGUCUCCACUGGAGUGUCCCACAUGACUUCAACUUCUCUCAGUCACAACCUGCAAGACCUUGCCUUGCUGGAUCUGGGCAGUCCUAAAAAUAUACCAGGUGGGGUUGACUCUGGCAGCUGUCUGGUCAAGAGUGAGGAUCUACUCGCUCCUCCUGCCCUCUCUGUCGGUCUCGAGGUCACCUCCACCACUUCCACCUCACUUCUCCUCGGAGGGAUACAAGGAGGGUCGACUCCCCCACCUGCCAAGAGUCAGGCAGAUGACAGCCCUCUGUUACGUUCUCUGUCCCCCAUCCUCCCUCUGAGCCAGGCCAGUCCAGGCAAGGGACAAGAAGUGUCCCUGGCCAAUGUCUUUGUUCCUUUGGAUGCCAUCAAGCCAAGUCAAGUGUGUCCUGUGACAGCAUAUGACAAAAACGGCGUCCGAGUUCUGCUGCAUUUCGCCACCGACUGUCCGGCAGGCAGACCUGAUGUACUUGUGAUGGUGGCAUCCAUGCUUAACACAGCCCCGCUGCCUGUCAGGAACAUUGCUCUGCAGGCUGCUGUGCCCAAGACGAUGAAAGUGAGACUGCAAGCACCCUCGGGGACAGAGCUGGCUCCUUUUAACCCGAUCCUUCCUCCUGCUGCCAUCACUCAGGUCAUGCUGCUUGCCAAUCCUCUCAAGGAAAAGGUUCGGAUGAGAUACAAGCUGACAUUCACGCUGGGAGAGCAGCCACACACAGAAGUGGGGGAGGUGAAUGAGUUCCCGCCUGCUGACAGAUGGGGGGCUCUAUAGCUGUGCAAACCGACACUACAAGACUCCAUCAACAAUUAAGUUUGUCAGUGCAGCUCAGAGAUCAAGAGGAAGGGCAGUAUUGGUAGACUUUUAUGGAAACUUUGAAGAAUAUAACAUAAAAUUUAAUGGACCUUGAAGGAGUUUUUCUGCUUGCGAUGGCCCACUGAAGUAGCCAAAGUCCCGUAGGGUGCAUUCAACUUUAGUUUUAUGACAGUGCCAGAGGUAGUUAGUGUGGUGCAGUAAUAAAUGAUGUGAAGUGGUUGAAUGUGGAUGAUGGUUAUGUGGGAAAAUCAUUUGCUAAUGUUAAAUAAUAACUCAUUAUCAGGUUUUUACUAUUAUUAUACUGUCCUCCAGUGCCAGGCAGUUUUAAUAAAGAGCAGAAACACAUGUUGAAGGAGAGUAUGAAGCCAGGGUCAUAUGAACGUGUGACCACAACCUGCAUUUCAUGUGAUUUGCUGCCAACUAUAUAUGAUGACAAUGUUUGACACUAAGAACAUUGGACUGGAGCAGACAAGAGCCUCUCUGUUGCUAAAUAAAAGGCACCCGCACAUUGGCCAUGGAGGCAAAUAAAAGACAUAUGUGUUUGAUAUUUAACAGCUGUUAAAUACUUAAUGUUUAUAUUUAAACAACCCUGAAUUCAUAGCAUUGGCAUUUUACUUUUAAUACCAUUUGACUGAAUUUCAAAGAGAUAAAUUAAUAAGUGAUGAAUUCAGAUGCAUGGUUUUCAAAGUAAAAUUCUGAAAUGCUAUUAAUACAGUGGUGUUUAAGUUUCAAUAUUACGUAUUCAAUGACCUUUAAAAUUCAAAUACUUACAUCUCUUAUUUGCAUCCAUAAUUGCUCAGUAAGAAUUAUUGACCUUCUUUCACAGCCACUACUAAAUACUUUCACUUGUCCUCUGAGUUCUACGUACUGUAACACAUAGCUCAGACUCUUGGUAUGCUUUUUUUUUUGUUUUUCAGUAUUUAUUGACAUGAAUGUAUUAUUUAUUUUGGUUUUUGGGAAGAAGGUAUCAGAUCCGUUAAUUUCCUGUUUGGUGUUUAAAUCAACCGUUGUUAUCUUUCUGCGCACUCUUCUUAUGAUAGACUCUUACAGUAUUGCAGUAAGAUAGGCACAAAUCAGUCCAGUGUUACCAAAUAUUCAGACAGACACUGUAAAGUUACCAAAUAUGCAGACAGACAUUUUAUAAUGUUACAUUAUGUAGCAACAGGGUGGAUUCUGAUUAAUUACACAUGCUGUUACCUGCCCAGACUGUGCACCCUGGAUAACAUUUUAGUGUAAAGAUGUAAUUCCUGCAGAAUGAGACAGCAGCCUUGUGCCAGAGACAUUAGCCCCAUUUACUUGGUAGGUGCAACAUGAGCGGAUAAGGGCAAGGAUCACAAUAAGUGGAUAUGCUUUAGGAACAGCUGACCAGCUGAUAUUUAAUCUCUGGAGACAGAAAGUAUUAUUGUUGGACUUUAAUUAAAUGCCAUGCACAGCUUUGCCCUCACUCCUGCUGUUGGACAGUGUUGCAGACAUCAGGUUAGUAGGGGUAAAGACAUUUACCCUGGGUCAACAGUAAACGUUUAGCUUGUGUGGGAGUUUCCUAUGUCAAAUCAGGAAAACACUACUUUGACAAAAUCUUGAGAAAAUACUGUAUAUCAAUAGUAAAAACUUGAUGGUUGAUUCAAAGCAUUAGGCUUACCAUGUCUUCAUCAAAAACUGUGACUUCUUUAUUUUUGUCUUUCUGGGGCUAUUAGUGCUAUAUAGGAGAAUCUCUACAUAUUUCUUAUAAAACUAUUUAUUUGUCUUAGAUUGUUAAAUGAAGUUGUCAUUGUAUAUUUUUUGAAAAGCUAUUUCUGUGCAUGGAAAAAUAAAGAAUGAGGUUGAUCUAUUUGUAUUACAAUUUCCACAUAUUUUGCCUUAUUAUUUAGUGUCAAAGGACCAGUAUCAGUGUGGUAGUGUAGCAUAUUAACCACAAUAUCGUUGAGGUGCAUUUU